ACUUACAUUAAAACAUUUUAGGAUUCUUUUAAAUAUUUUUUUUUACCUUUAAAAUCUAAUUAUGCAGUUUUAUUAUAUCAUCAAGGCAUUGCGCCAUGCAGACAGUGCGCGGCUGCGCGCAUUGACGGAUGGAUUUCAGACGAUGCAUUUUUUUUAUUCUCUGGAAGACUACUUGACACAAUGAGCGAGCCUCUACACAGGAUUUCGUAUAAACGGUAUCUAACUGAUGCUGAAGAGGAAAUUCCUCCAAGAACCAUACGAAGAUGGGCCCUAAAAAAAAGAAUUAAGGUAGCAGAAGACCUUGAGAAUGUUAUCAAGGAAUGUCAUAAGCCAUUCCCAGACACCAUCCCAGAAGACAUCCAGCUAACUACUCCUGAUGAAGAGUGCACUUCCAGUCCUGUUCAGAUAGAGGAUCCAGCGGAUUCAGGUCAAACAAAAGAUCAAACCCAGCUACUACUUCUGGCACUUAAGCUCAAACACAGUUUGACCAAUGACUGUCUUGAGGAUAUUAUGAGAAUCCUAAAUGUUGUUGGUGGUAAUGAUUCGGUAUGCAGGACAAAAUACUCCUUUUACAAAGCUUUCGAUUAUACCAAAGACAUUAUGAGAAUCUGUUAUUUGUGUGACCAGUGCAAUGACAUAAUGUCAGCUGAAAUGGACCAUGUUCAUUGUGUUCAAUGCAACAUUACUCAUGACAAAGCCAGCAGGUUCACCAAUAAUUUUUUCAUAUACCUCUCCUUGGAAGAUCAGAUAAAACUUUUGAAAAUUCCAGGAAUUGCAGACGAAUUGAAAGACCUCCAGCUUCGCAGUCAGGAACAGACAAAUGAAUUUGUAGAAGCUGCGUUAGAGUCUGGACAGCCUGUUAUGGGUGUCAAAGGACCAAGUGCAUUGUGUCGCCUUCCCAGUUUUGAUGUCAUUGAAGGGUCUGUGCCAGACUACAUGCAUUCAGUACUUCUGGGUGUUGCAAGAACUGAUUAA